AUGUUCAAGGCCCUAAUGGGCGGGGGCCGUUCGUCUUCCGACGUUCGCAGCAGCUCCAAGAGCAGCCGGCGCAAGUCCGAAAAGCUCGAUAAAUAUGACACAAGAUCGAUCUCAAGUCGCAAGUCUUCACGGGGUGACGACCGUGAGCGUGGCCUGGGUGACUUGUCGUCUUAUCCACCCUCGACUUCGCGCAGUAAGCGCGGCCCAACUAGCAUCGCCGGCGACUCCAUCGCAUCAAGCUAUGUGACCGCUGAGCCAGAAGCCAUUGAUGAUUCCAAUAGCUACUACGUUGAACGCACACCCAAACGCAGAGACAGUGAUAGGGAAAGCAAGAGUUAUCGUCGGCGCGACCAGGACCGAUCCGAGAGUCCAGAGCGCGAGAAGAGAAGGAGCCGCCGAAAAACACAAGAUACUCUGGAUUAUGACUUGGAUCGCGAGCGCUCUCGCACUCAGCCAGGGGAUCCGCAUGUGCCCCAAUUUCCCACAAACAUGCCGUCUAGCGCCCCCGGCGCGCAGUUUGCCGCCGAGAUUGGCGCCCCCGGGUUCUCACAAUUCCCCAUGCAAUACGACACUGGGAUACCAUCUGCAGGCCAUUCGCCAGCGCAUGAAGUCUCAUACGACCCCCACGUGCAGCACCAAUUUCCCGGUCAGUUCCCAGAGCAAAGUACUGCACCGUAUCCGCCGCCUAACCCCGCCGGCGCUGCGGCGGACUACUAUGGCGACCAAGGCCAAUCUGUUGAGCACCAGCCCGGUAUUCGACCGGCUCCUCCAAGCGUGCUUCCUAACACUCAAGCGCACUUGAUGGCAGCAUCUCCAUCGGCUAACCCACCUCCAGAGCCCAGUAGCCUGGGUGAGACCGGUGCUGCGGCGGCCUAUUUCGACGAUAGUUUCCAUGUUCCGACACAGCAAGAUCAGCCACCAGCAGUGUCUUCACCUAGACCCCCGAAGCCACCUAAGCCUUCGAGCCCCCAAAGCCUUCUUCAUCGGGUGUUCUUCCUGCUGCCGCUUUUGGAGCUGCCGCUUAUGCACACUACUCCCUACAUUCACCAGGGCCAGCCAGUGGCACACAACCAGUCAAUGGGAUACGAUCAGCCAAUGGCAAGCUUCAGCCACCAGCCUCCCUCCAAGCCGUCUCACUCUCAUAGCUUCAGUGAAGGUGUCGGUAUUGCAGCCGCAGGCGCAGCAACAGGGUACAUGAUGGGUCACCACCAUCACUCCUCCAGCCCCGAGCACGCACCACAAUACGCCUUCCAGCACCAUGGUCCACCUUCUCAAGCUGGUGGUAUGCUACCGUAUGCCCCUGGCCACAAUAAUGCUUUGUAUCCUGCAGGCGCGGGAGGAUACGCUGCCCAGGCUGCCUACAACCCGGGGUUCUAUCCUCAUGGACCUAGCGCGCUAGCCUUCCAAGAGCGCCAGCGUGGGCCCAUGGGAAGAUUCGUUGAUUUCUGGCGGGAUCCCGAGGCUGUUGGAAGAUUUGAGGACUACACGGAAACUAUCGGUGUGUGCAAAUACUGUUUCCAACCAGGCACGACCUCCGCCGAUGCCCCUCGCAAGCACCAUUAUCACAGCCGCCGCCGACACUCCGACGAUCGACGGAGCAGUGCCAGCUCCAGAGUCAGCAAAAAUAGUCGAUACAAUUCUUCCGAAGAUGAGAGCCGCCGACGAUCCAAGUCCAAGAAAUCUUCCUCGUGGCUGCCAGGCAUGCUAGCUGGUUAUGCGACCAAGUCGCUCUUCUCGAGCAAGGAAUUUGAUGAUUCUUACAGCCUUCGCUCCGGCCGAGUGAGCUCCUCCCACGGGGAAGAAGAUGACCGAAGAAGUCAUACCUCUCGUGGUGUGACCCGUCGUUCGGGCCGCAGUCCCCACAGAGAACAUUACGUAGACUCUAAGCAUGCGUCUCAUUCUAGACAGUCUCGGUAUACCCGCUCCCGGUCGAGAUCUUCCUCUCGAUCUGGCCGGCAUUCUUAUCUGAAAGAAGCUGCACUCGGUGCCGCAGUGGGUGGGGCUGCUCUGGCUGUUUCAAAGUCGCGUAACCGCUCCCGGAGUCGUUCGCCUGGAAUACGACAGAGCCGAAAGGAUUCAUCCUCAUCAUCAUCCUUCGUCAAUCUGCCCAGGCCAGGCAAGAAAUCUAUUGCUGGUGGUAUCGGAUCUUUCUUUACUGCUUCUUCCGAGAAUAGGAAGAAGCGCCAUACCAAGAAGCGGAGCGGUUUCUUCUCUUUCAAGAGUGGCUCUUCAUCCUCUUCAUUGGACAAUGAUCUUGCCUUCGGAUAUGGAUUUUCAAAGAAGCCCUCCAAGGUUAAGAGGAAGGGCAAGAAAGGCCAAGACGUCGAUACCGCCCUGCAAGAACUCAGCGACACCGCAAACCGAUUAGCUGGCUCCUCGCCCCACGGUCCCGGUCGCACCGCGGGCCAGAUGUACACAGCACGGCCUCGACAGUCUAAAUACGCGCAUUCCACCACGCAGGACGAAGAAUGGGUUGAUGCAGAGUCGGAGGACCAGUCUUCUUCAAGUAUUAGUUCUGGGCUCGCGUUCGGAGGAAGCAGCGCUGAGCUUUCUUCUGACUCCGCCAGCAGCAAGUGGGGCUGGAGAUGGGGAAGCAGGAAGGACAAAAAGAAGAACAAGCGCUCGAGUGCCACGAAUGCCGCCCUGGCAGCUGGCGCUGGCGUUAUAGGAGCUGCUGCCAUUUCUUCUGCCCGUCAACAUAAUAGCGAUCCCCCGAGUAGAUCUGGGAGCUUGCAACAAGUUCACCCAAUGCCUACUUCUGACCCUUCUCGCUUCGAUGUUGCGAAGGUGUCCCCAUCUGUAUCUGCUGGGGAGCCAACCCUCAUUCGCCCGGGACCCAUCCCCCUCCAGCAGCCUCAGCCUUUCACCCCAGUGUCCCAAGCAGUGUACACUACCCAGGGAGCUGUGCCAGGAUCAGUGCCUGUGUACAGUGCCCCGGCAGUCCCAGUAGUGCCGCCUUUCUUCGUCAAUGGAGUUGAACACUACGACCCGCGGUUCCAAGGCCCUCGUGAUCCAGCAUGGGCAUCAGAAGAGCCAACAUAUGUCGACCACCGGAGACCUUAUCGCAGUGACUCUUCUCCCGUUUUCCCCACCCAAGAGACUGCUUCCAGCCUCAAGCGCCGGUCCACCGCUAAGGACCAAGCCUCUGUGCAAUUCAACUUGACGGAAGAGCAAGCAGAGAGGGAACGCCAUCUUAUCCGUCGUGAUAAAAACUCCCGCGGUGAUUAUCAACCGGUCCAGCUGAUUGACCGAGAGGAAGAGCUGGCUCACAAGGAAACCGAGCGUCGAGAGCGCCGCCGAAAGGAGCGUGAGGAUGAAGAGAGCCGGUACACCGACGACAAGGAAAAGGGCGCAUCCUGGGUUGGCGCAGCGGCUGCUGGAGCUGCGGGCGCAGCUGCUGCCAGCACUAUCCUCUCUCGCAAAACAGACGAUGACGAAGCCUCUGAGGCCAGUCAGCGAUACAACGAACGCCGAGAGAAACGCCGCGCUGAGCGAAAGCGCGAUGUGGAUACGAUGCCAGAUACUUCAAUCGUGUCGCGGUUCGAGCCUAUUGACGAGAAAGUGACCACGGUGGAACCUCGCGAAGACCAGACAAAAGUGUCUCCUCGAUCUCCUCGUCCAGCACCUGUCUACUACGACUACGCAAAAUUUUACGCUCCGGAGGAGAUACGACACAGUGGAGAUGAUCAUGCUCACAGCCACGACUCCACCAAUGUGCCAACAAUUGUGGAGAUAGAGCCCGCUAGCGAGCAACGUAAGCACGAGGAGCCUGCACCUGCAGAGCUAGACUAUUCAUAUGAACCCUAUCAACACGUGGAUCGGCUCCCAUGGCCAGUCCCCGGGCUCAACUUCAUUGAGCCAACUCCUCCCCAGAGCGUGCACGAUGGCUCCGUACGCGACGCUACCUCCCCAACCGUCCCAGUAACCAAAUCUUAUGAUACCAAGCCCCGCGAACGACCAACGGGCUCGCGGGUCUCCUGGGGCGAACAUGAAACCCAUGAAUAUGAAAUCCCUUCUUCCUCUGAACAGGAUCCUCUUGAGCAUGACAUCUCCCCUAGCGAAAUUUCAGCCAAGGAUGUGCCUCUCCCAGCAUCUGAGAUAUCCCAAACCAAGGGUAUCCCUAGCAAACCGGAGUACGGUGCCGACAUUGAAUUCGCUGCCACAAUCGCGGCUGCAACCGCCGCAGCUGGAUUCGACCCCACUCUGAUCACAAACGAUCCAUCCUACCACACCCGCACUUCGCCCCCUGGGUCGGAGGAUGAACACACAUUCAACUCACCCUGGUCUACAUCGGCUCGGAAGAAUCCCCAUGGGUUCGUUGAGGGCGAACUCGAAGAAAUUGACCCCAAGUCCACGAAGGAUAUUGCUCCCGCUGAGGAGCCCGCGGUUCAUAGCAAAGAAGAGCCUUUCUCCGAUGAGCUCUUCUCAAGAGAUCGGGAUAUUUCCUCGGGGCGUCGUGACAAAUCAUCCAUUGCACAGGAGGUAAUUGAGCAACUGAAUGGCAAAUAUGGCAAGCGUGAUCGUACCGCUUCCCCCGAAAAAGACGCAGAUGUCUUCUCAAUGCCUGGUGGCUUUGACACAGCGGACCCUAGAGAGUUGGUUGACGAUAGAUCCGCUGUCUCGGCGCCGACGCCUGGUGCCAUGGAUCCAGAAACCCCGACCAAGUCCGAGUCUAAGAAGUCGAGACGGAGUGGCGAUGUCUUUGAUCUCCCCGAGUUCCAAGAGCGGGAACUCGCCAAGUCUCCUGGUUUGAACGAUGGGACAUCGAAGUCUCGUAAGUCCCGGCGUAGCGGCGACGACUUUGAGAUUUACGAGUCACGGGAGGCAUCCCCAUCUCGGGAUGACUCUUAUUCUGUUGUCUCUGCUCCCGUUUCAAAGGACGAAACAUCCAAGUCAAAGUCCAGGAAGUCCACGAGGAGUGGGGAUGACUUCGGCAUUGUUGACUACCCGGAGUCAGUGGUUCCUGAGUCUCGUGAUGAUUCAUUCUCUGUUAUCUCUACUCCUAUUUCAAAGGACGAGACAUCCAAGUCCAAGUCCCGCAAAUCUCGACGGAGCGGUGACGACUUCGAGAUCUACGAGUCCCGCGAACCAUCUGAACCUCGGGAUGACAUUCGCUCGACUACCUCUACUCCUGCUGGCAAAGAGUAUGAGUCGUCCAAGUCAGAAAAGUCGAGACGCAGUGGGGAUGAAUAUGAUAUUCCUGUAUCACGAGAGGUCUCCGACUUUCGCGAUGACAACCGGUCUGUCUUCUCUGUACCAGUUUCGAAAGAUGAGACCAGCAGAUCUCGCCGGUCUCGACGCAGCGGAGAUGACUUUGCUAUAUCCGCAUCGCGGGAUGUGUCCGAGUCUCGUGAUGAGUCUCGUUCUGUCGUCUCCGAAUCAGCAAAAUCUAGAAAGUCUCGUCGCAACGGCGAUGAUUUUGAUCCACGUCGUGAUGCUGAAGCUGUUCAUGACGGCGAGGAAGGUGGGGAGGAGAAGAAGAGACGACGCAAGCGUCGAUCCAAGCAUGAAAGUGACCCCUUCACUGCUGAUGAUGAUACCCGCUCUGCCAUCACGGACAUUGGAGACGACAAUUCUGAGCGUCGCAAGCAUCGUCACCGGUCUUCCCGGGAAGCCGACUUUGAUGACAAUGCCUCUGUAACCUCUUCUCCAGCUCGGAUUGACGAAUCCCGGGAGAAGCGCCGAGGCAAGGAUGAGAAAGAAAAGAGCGGUGGCUUCUUGAGAAGUAUUUUCGGCUCGCAGGUAUCAGAGCCAGCUGAGCGUGUUCGGUCAGACCAUUCUCGCUCUUCCUCGCUGGACAAACGAUCAUCCCGCGAAGCCGUAUCUGAAGCUGGUGUGGAUGAUGCACGCCGUCGCCAUAAGAAGCGUUCUUCAAAGCACCGCAGCUCCAGCAAUGGAGAUGAACUGGAUCGCUAUAUGGCGGACAAGGAAAAAGGUCAGGAUGACCCAAAUCUGGAGGAGUACAGGUCCAGUAGACAGCAAAAGGAAGAGCGGCGUCGGCAUCGGUACGAGGAAAUCGUGGAUUCAGGAAGGAAACGGGAAUCUGAGAAGGACUAUAGUGACAACUUUGACGAAGAAUCUCUCCUGAGGGCGCGCCCUGAAAUUCUAGCAGAGCGUGAAAAUUACGCUUCGUGGCUUCCAGCAUCAGCGGAUAGCGCAGCUGUACUCGCUGCAACAUCCGGGCUGAAUGAGAUUUCGCAGAGACCCCGGAGCCACUCAGCCUCUCCCCCAGCCACAGAGAAGACACUUGACUUGACCCCAAAGUCUCUGAGCCGCCCCGCUUCACCUGAAACAAGCCACCCCCAGGGGUCCCGAUCCCCCAAGCAACGCCGACACUCCGUGGCCAAGUCCACCAUCGAAUCACCUACAGCCGUGCCUCUCCACUUCCGCCGGCCCCCAACUUCCCCAGGCCUUACGCGCGCAGUCCCCGUUGAACAAUCUGCCCCUAUCACUUCCCCAGGCUCCCCAAGCCAUCAACGCAAUCGCCGGCCCGGGUCAUCCGAGUUCCGAAACUCGCGCGAGAUCCGCCCUCUAUGGCUUGUCGAGCGCCAUGGUCUGAUCAAGGGCGAGCCCGAGGUCGAGGAUCCCUUGCCAUCGCUCCCAUCUAGCAAGAACUCCUCCCGCGUGCCAUCAGUAGAGGACCUGAAAGCCCUUCGCGACGACGACGGCCUUAAGAGCUGGGAGCAUGUAGACCUGAGCCACUCAAUUAUGGAGAAUCAGAGGCCGACCGGUCUGACUAUUUCCACUGACCAUGCAAACGAAACCCAUGAUAGAGACCUUGAUCUCCUCGGCUCUCAGCAGCCCACACCUACCGCUGAACACUUCCACAACGCAAAUCCAAGGAAGGAGAGGCCCAGGUACGAAUUCCACUCUCCCUCUGAGCUCCUGCGGGACCCCGCUGUUCUAGAUGAGUUGCCUCCUUCACCCACGCUCGAUGCUCUGCCUUCUGCUGAGGGCUCCAUGGUUGGCAUUAGCUCCAGGGAGCAAGAGACGCAGCGUGCUCUUGACGCUCUCGAGGGAGUUUCCCGCCCUCGGCAUGAGAGGGAAACCCCAACCCAAGAGAAGAAUUCCGUCUUCAGCGGCGCUGCGGACUUCGUCAAGGCCGCUGGUUUUGCCGGUGUUGUCGAUGCAGCUGCCAUUGCCGCUACCAGGGAGCAAGAUGAGUCUCGCUCCUUGCCUGCAGAUGAACCUGCCAAGGUCCAUGGCUUCAGCGAUAUUGUCGAUGCAGCGGUUGCCGCCGAUGAUUCCUCUCACAACCAUGACAGGUUACCUGUCAAUGAGGAUGCGCCCACUGAGCCCGUUUCCGCUAUCGAAGAGAAUGCACCCGCUGCGCUUGAGCCCGUGUACCCAGAGACGGGUACAGCCAGGGAAUUUGUUACUGGAACGACUGAACAGCCUGCUGAGUCUUCCGAUCCUCAAACCCAGCCAGAGACAGAUGCCGUUGCCGAUGAGAGCGCAGCUACCCAGUCUUCUAAGGAAAAAGACAAGAAAAAGAAGGCCAAGGAAACCCAGGCCCUAAGUGCGGAUUCCGGAGCCCCUGAGGAGCUGCCCGCGCAGAAAGAUUUGUCCCAGGAUUUGGUGCAGACCCCCUUGGUCGGCGAGCCUGAGGAAGAAGCUGUUUCUACUGAGCCUGAGGUUGGUCUUCCUAAGCAACUUGAGCCUGAGCCUGUUGAGACAUCCCGUGAGCUUGGACCUGGGCCCGUGGUAGAAGCUGCUCCUCUCGUUACCGCGCCUGUCAAAAGCGCUCUGGUCGAGCAUGAUGUUGUCGUUCCCCAGAAAUCUGAGGCUGAGCCUAUCGAGGCCCCCCGUGAGCUUGAUGCUGAGCCCUUGGUUGCAGCAACUCAAGAACCAGAAGUUGCCACUGCCCCUGAAUCCGAACCUACUCAGGUGACCCCUACGGAAAAUGAGGAGACCGAGGACAAUGCAUCAUCGACUAAAAAGGCCAAGCGCGACAAGAAGAAGCAGAAGAAGAAGUCUAAAAACGCAUCUGCUACUGAAGAACCUGCAGAUGAUACGGCCGCUGCUCAGCCCCAGGAUGAUACUUCUGCCUCUAGGGAGAUUGUGGGCCAACAAGAAGACAAAGCACCUGCGCCUACCGAAGAGCUUGAGACUGCACCUUUGCCAGAUGCGAUUGCUAUUCCAACUGGACUCCUUGAGAGCUCUCCUGACCAGAUUGUGACCCAAUCAGCUGCUACUGAUGCAGAGCAGGCUCGAAGCCAGCAAGAAUUGGAAGAGCUGAUUCAGCCUGUGGAUCAGGUAUCUACUGAAGAAUCUGUUCUACCUGUUUCUGAAAAUCCCAGUCCACCCGUUCAGGAAGAGCAGACUCCAGACCUUGUUUUCACCGAUGCCAAUGAAAGUCAAAUUCCCGGUGCAGAUCAACCAGAACCGGAGGAACUUUCUCGCAGCUUGGAACAUAUUGAAGAACCAACUGAGCAGUCUACUCCGGGGGCCUCUCUUGAUUACACCACCCCUAAAAGUCCUGAAACACCCAAAGAAGACACUGAAGGCGAAGACACCUUCGAAGAGGCCGUGGAAGAACAGAUUCCACAGCCAGCCGAAGAGAAAGAGCCCGCACCUGAGCCUCCCGUCGAAGUGGCUGCAGAUUCCCCUGCAGAGGCUUCGGAAACUAAAGCCGAGAAGCGGAAAAACAAGAAAAAGAAAAAUCGCAAAUCCACUACCGUCGAGGAAUCUGAGAUUCCUGCUGAACCGCCCGCCCCCGAGACUGGAUCCCAGCCGGAGGGCAACGAGCCUGAACUUGAGCAAUCAGCUGGUGUCGAUCCUACGGAUACCCAAUCCCCUCCAAUUGGCGGUGAAGCCUUACCUUCUGAUCUUGAACAUCUUCAACAGCCCGCCAAGGAUGUUGACCAACCCCUCGAACCCACCGUUGAAGAGCCUGCAGCUACCCAAGGGCAGGAACAAGUCCCAUUGGAGGCCGAUAUGGAUGUAACACCUGUCACGACCGGGCCAUUGGAGCCCGCGGGGCCAUCCAAUGAACUGUCAGAGUCAGCUGUCGUCGAGGAUCAGCAGAACACCGAAUUCCCAGAUGCUGUCGAGGAAGCCUGUCGCGAAACCCCAAAGCCUUCUGCUGUUGAGACUCAACCCGAGGCUGAAGUUCAAUCUGAACCUCAACCCGAAGUUGAAGCCGAGCCUGAAGUCGCCAUGACUGCGGCCGAGAAGAAAAAGGCCAAGAAGAAUAAAAAGAAGAAGGGUAAGCAGGGCGAAUCUUCGAUACCUGAGGAUGAGAAGCCUGCUGAGUCUACUUCGCUGGCACCUGGAAUUGAGACUGCCGCUGAGAACAUGAUCAAGGAAGACCCUCUUGCUACUGAAGAGACACCAGCAGAUGCGCCUCAGCAAGAAAGCGAGAUGAAGCUCCCCGUCGAGGUCGCUCAAUUGCCCGAAGCCGCGCAACUUUCCGAGCCUGAGAAAAUUUCAGAGGUUGUGCCGCGAGAGGAAGAACGGUCUUCUAGCCCUCUUCCGGAACAAAUGGCAGAGACAACAGAUGCAGAGGCAAUUCAAGAAGAGCCCAUUGCACCAGAGGAGGUGCCUAAGGCCGAAGAACCUGCUGCCGAGCCGGAGGUACCUAUGAGCGCCGCGGAGAGGAAGAAGGCUAAGAAGGCGAAGAAGAAGCAGCAGCACAAGGAGCAGGAAGACAGUAUUGGCUCUAUUCCUGAACUUGUUGAGUCCGUUGAGCCCGCUGAGCCCGCGCCUGCGCCCGAUGUUGAAUCCACCGAGCCAAGCAAGGAUACUGCGCCUGUUGCGGAAAUUAAUGAUGUUACUCCAGCGGACUUGUCUGCACCUGCGUCUUCCGAUCCUGCUGAGGCUGAACCGGAUGUUGCGCUUACAUCUACAAAUGAGCCCGAGGCGGCUCCAAUCACUGAAGAUACUCUUCUGCCAAUCAAUAAUGAGCCUAUCGAGCUAACGAAAGACAUUAAUCCUUCCUCUGAGGCCGAUGCUCCGGUAGAAGAUAAUGCUCUAUCGUCUCAGAUUGAGGCCACCGAAGCUGUCGCAGAUGUCCCGCUCGUGUCGGAAGACGCCAGUGCUCCUAUCCAACAGGACGACGCCUUUAAGGCAGAUGAGCCAAAAACCGAGGACACAGCCAUUGCGUCGACAGAAGAACCUUCGACUGAUGCCGCGGAGAUCGAUGGUCCCAAGGCACAGGAACAAUCUCUUGAACACGAGGUUCCAAUGACUGCUGCCGAGAGAAAAAAGGCUAAGAAAAACAAGAAGAAACAACAGAAGCAAGAGUCCGUGCAGCUUGAUGACCAGGCCACGCGUGAGAUGGAGCCUACUUCCACCAAGGAACAGAGUGGUGACACUUUGCCCGAGAAUGGGGCCUCUCCCACGGGAGAAGCUGUUUUGGGUGUUGAUGAGCCCUCAAAGCCUGAGGCAGUCCACGGUCUUGAAGCUGAGCCCAAGUUUGAACAGGAAGCACCGCAGGAUGUUGCAAUUCUUGACUCCGAACUUGCCCCCAGGGCACCCGCAGACGAGGACAUUUCCAUCACGGAGAUUGCUGAACACGCUGUUGAUGUUCAAGGCGGGGACAAGGAAAUCGCCUCAGAGCCUACGAUCGAAGUUGCUUCUACGGAAGAGCCGCAGGAAGAACAAAAUCUUGGUUUACCCAUCAGCGAGGAGCCUGUCUUGGACAAGUCUUUCGAUGACAAGCCUGCAGAGUCUGUGUCAGAGCCAGUUGUGGAGGAGACUCAGCCUGCGGAGUCCACAGAAAGCCCGGUAGUGGAGCAGGCUGAAGAUGAGCAGUCGGCAACUUCUUCCAAGUCGAAGAAAAAGAAGAAGAACAAGAAGAAUCGGCAAUCAGUCGCCGCUGAAGAGGGUCAGCCUGAGCCCACUGAGGAGGAAUCCAAGGUUGACCCCCCAGAGGAAGAGGUUAAGCUUGCUCCCGCCGAAGAGGAUCCCAUAAUUGUGCCCGCUGAGAGUGAACCCACCGAACUAGCACCACCUCAAGAGCCGCAGCAGGCUUCUUCCAACAGAGAUGUAGAUACUCUUAUUGUGGCGGAAGAGACGCCUAAGGCCGAAGAAACCACGCCGGUUGAGACCCCUGCAAAUGAUUCUGUCGAUGCCGUCAUUGAGACCCCCGAAGAUGCAUCGAUGACUCCUGCUCAGAAACGGAAGGCUAAGAAAGACAAGAAAAAGCGCCAAUCCGUUAUUGCUGAAGAUGAGCAGGCCGCGCCCGCUGAGGAAGAGCCUACACCUGUGUCUGUUGAGAGUGAAGCCACCGAACCAGCACCACCUCAAGAGCUUGAACAGGCUUCUCCCAAUAAAGAUGCAGAUGCAUCUAUUUUGGCGGAAGAGGCGCCUAAGGCCGAAGAGCCCUCUCCGGCAGAGACCCAAGAGCUAGAGGCUCCUACUGAUGGCCCUGUCGAUUCAGCCGCAACCGAGGCCACUGAAGAGGCAUUGAUGACUCCGGCUCAGAAGCGGAAGGCCAAGAAAGACAAGAAAAAGCGCCAGUCAGUUGCAGCUGAACAGGAGCAAUCUACACCCGCUGAGGAAGAGGUUAAGCUUGCACCCACAGAAGAUGAGCCUACACCUGUGCCUGCUGAUGGUGAAUCCGCUGAACCAGCACCACCUCAAGAGCUUGAACCGCCUUUCCCCAACCAAGCUGCAGAGGCCACUAUUCUGACUGAAGAGGCGCCAAAGACCGAUCCCUCCCUAGAAGAGACUUUGCAGCCAGAGGCCUCUGCCGAUGUAGUUGCCACUGAAGCAGCUGACGAGGCAUCAAUGACUCCUGCUCAGAAACGGAAGGCCAAGAGAGAUAAGAAAAAGCGCCAAUCCGUUGUUACCGAAGAGGAACAAUCUGCGCCUCUUGAGGAGCCCAAGCCUGAGCCAGUUGAGGAAGCGGUCAAACCCGAACCAGCCGAAGAGGAGCCCGCGCCUGAAUCCGCACAGAGGGAGCUUACUGAGCCUACCUUGGCUUCGGAAACUGAACUGACCACUGCCGAAAAAGACGCACAGCCUCCUAUUCUAACGGAACAAGCGCCCAAUGUCGGACAGCUAUCUUUGGAAGCGAAUCCUCAGCCAGAGCCCUCGGCCGAUGCAGCUGCCACCGGGCCUACCGAAGAGGCAUCAAUGACUCCAGCUCAGAAGAGGAAGCCUACAACUGUUGAGAAGUCUAAGCCUAUCGAGGAUUCUAAGCCUGAAUCUACUUUGGAAGAGCCCACUGAGCCUGUGUCGAUUCAAGAAUCCGAACAGCCAGCUGUCGACCAAGACGUGCAGCCUCCUAUCAUGAUGGAAGAAGCACCCAAGACCGAAGAGCCCUUUCCCGAAGGGGUCAAACAGCAUGAUACCCCUGCUGAUGCAGCUGCUACCGAGGCCGGUGCGGAGGAGACAAUGACUGCCGCACAGAAAAAGAAGGCCAAGAAGGACAAGAAGAAGCAACGCAAGUCUGUUGCUUUUGGCGAUGAUGUCACACUGGCUGAAGAGCUGAAUCCGGACCUGAAUCCAGAGCAAGAUUCGCCUGCCCCUGAAGACAAGGUUGAAUCUCAAGAUGCUCCGGCGGAGGUUAUCCCCGAAGAAUCAGUAAAGGAGUUACCAGCUACCGAAGAAGGCCCUGAGCCUGGUGCUGAAGGGGAAGUAUUGGAAAAGACAGAAGAACCCGCCUCUGAACAAAACAAGCAGGUCGCCGAGCAUGAACCAGCCUCAGCUGCUGCACCUGGUGCCAUUCCCACUGAAGUGGAGGAUACAAAGUCCACAGCGGAGUUGCCAGAGCAGCCGGAACAAGAGGUCCAGACUCCCUCGGAGCCCCACGCAAAAAAGAAGGCAAAGAAGAAUAAGAAGAAGGGCAAGUCUGUGGAGUCAGUCGGCGACGCCCCCGCUGCCACCGACACAGCACAGAAUCCGGAGCCUAAACUCGAGCCCAUUGUUCAAUUUUCGACCGAUGCUCCGGCUGAGACCCCAGAAAUUCCGGAGCAGGAAAAUACAAUCGAGUCCGAGGCUCCCAAGGCGGAGGACCUCGAAACAACCAUCGCAUCCGACAGUGUACUAAAAGAGGAGACCCCUCACAUUGAGGAGACCGACAAUAAACCUCCUACCACUGAAGCGAUCGUCGACGCCGAGCCAACAUCCUCCCAGGAAGUAGAGGCGGUUGCUCCUCCUCCUGCUCCGCCGACCGAAGAAGAAGCUGGCAUGUCAGCCAAGGAGCGACGUAAAGCUGCCAAAAAAGCGAAAAAACGCCAGUCCAAGAAUACCGACGCCGAUAAUGACGCCGCAACAUCCGAUUCGCCUUCUGCCCCGGUGACCGAGCCUGCUACACCCACUGAAGCGGAUAACAGCGUCGAAAUGGUCCUCACCUCCACGGACACAGACGCCCCUGGACUAUCAGCCGUACCGGCGUCCUCGCCUGCGGAACAUGACGGUAAAGAACAUCAGUCCCACGCCAUAGAUACUUACGACGCCACGGCGCAAGAUACGGCCUCGACUGAUAAAUACAUGUCUUCGCAGGUAGAGCAGACGCCGAUAGAGAGUCCUUUUUUAGAUUAUCCUCCCCAGCCCGUGCUUGAGCGUUCAGUUGAUUCCGGCGAGCUGGUGGAGGGAACUAUUCAGCAGGAGGGUGAUGUCGCCCCAACUGUACAGGAGCCAGAAGGGAAGUUGAUUGAGCCUGCACCCCUUGAGGAGAUACACACAAGUGUUGAUGGUGAGAAUGUUGAGGAGAAAUCGUCUGUGCCGGAAGCAGCCGAUCUCCUCGUGGAAAAAGAUACCGAAGAGACGCCUGUAGAUGUGGCGAUUGAUGUUGUUCCUGGCAUACAGGCACAGAAAUCUUAUGUGGGGGAGGAGGCUCCUGGGACGGCCACCUCGAAAAAGCAGAAGAAAAAGAACAAGAACAAGAUCAAAAACAAAAAUCAAGAGGAAGAAGCUGCAGCCCCUGAACUCGAGCACUCUGCUACAGAGGGAAAAGAGGAACCCGGAGCGGCAUCUUUGGUCGAGGCCGAGCCCCAGCCAGAAGUAAAGGAGCUCACUGAGCAUGAGGCUAUUGCCGAGAGCGAACCAGCGCUAGCUACAGAGGGAAAAGAGGAAUCCCAAGCUGCAUCUUUGGUCGAGGCCCAGCCAGAAGGAAAGGAGCUCACUGAGCAUGAGGCUAUUGCCGAGAGCGAACCAGCGCUAGCUACAGAGGAGCAACUGGUGGAUUGCCCGCAGGGCAUCGAAGAGGCUGCCGCUGCCCAUACUGAUAACACUGAAGAAAUCAAUACCCCGGAAAUCGAGGCCGUUGCUCCUCCUGCUGAAGAGCUAGAAACAUCCGCUGUUUCAAAGAAAAAGAGCAAGAAGGACAAGAAGAAGCAACGCCAAUCGCUUCUUGCUCAACAAACCGGAGCUGAGCUCCAGCCCGAGGAACAGCCAGCGCCCAAGGAGGCUGGAACUUCUGUUCAACUGGCUGAGACUGCAACGGAGUCAACGCCUACCGAGAUUGUAACGCAAGACAAGCCUCUGACAAGCACAGAGGAGCCUACGGUGCAGCUUGUUGAUACCAUCGAGGAUGCCGCCAAGGACCUUGUGGCGCCAUCUGAAGACACCGAACAUGUUCCAAGCCAAGAGAUUGAAAGCGAAGAGCGGUCUUUUGAACAUCCAUUCACUGAAUCGAAGAUCGAGGACCUAAAUAAGGCGGUCGAGGAAGCUGCCGAACCCCCGGCAGAGAUCUCAGAUGACAAGCACCCUAGCGAACAAGUGCCACUCGAAGCCGCCACUGAGCCCAAAGGGGAAUCAGCGACUGUCCGCAUGAAGAUGACCAAGAAAGAGAAAAAGGCCGCUGCCGCUGCCACCCUUCUGGAGAAAGAAAAGUCCGUCGAGUCACAGCCUGAACUCGAGGAGCCCUCGACCAGUAUUUUCCAAGCCCCGGAGAAAGUAACAGAGCAGUCUAUCGUCCAAGAAGAGACUAAGGAUGCGCCUCAAUCUGAGACAGAGAAAAGUCUCGACAAAACGAUAGGAUUGACAACUUCCGAACCGAAGGAAGAUGCCUCGGAGCAGCUUGUUGAAGCACCCAAGUCCAUCGACCCUCUCGAAUUUGAGGACAAACCAGAGGAGUCUAUAAGAGAGCUAACCGAGGAGCCAGCUGCGGUCGAUACCAUUACUCGGAAAAUCUCAAAGAAGGACAAGAAAAGGGCCAAGAAGCAAGGCAAGCAAGAAGCCAUUGAGCCGGCUUCCCCUCCGUCUGAGGAUCAUAUUCUUAUGUCUGAGCCUGCAGCUGCAGAGGUUGCCCCUGACCCAGAGAGAACUAUUACGGAUAGCCCAACAGAGCUUGUCCCUACUGCCGAUCCCACAAUUACGGAGGCUGAUUUUGAAUCGGAGGUGACUCUUGAAGAGACUCCAGCUGAGACUGCUCCUGAGCCUGAGUCCAUUGUCGGGGAACAAGUCCCUAGGGCUCCUACGCCCGAGCCUGAAAGACCCGAGACACCAGCUCUUGACGGUUUAUGCAUUAUAUCGGACAAGCAACCUUCAGAAACCGAGAACAAGGAGGCAGUCGUCUCUCUGGACACACUCGAUACGCCCUCGCCCGCAGAACCCACUGCCCAAAACACUAACAGUGAGCCCUUUGACCUCGAGGGUCCUGCUGAGAAGAACGAAAAAGAAGAUGGGUCUCAAGCCGGGGCCGAUGUAGGGGAUAUUGAGAAAAUAGCUGAUCUCCAGGCCGUCAAGGACCUCAUUGAGGAUCAACUUGGAGAAUCCGAAGUGAUGCCGGCUCUGUCCAAAAAGAUGUCAAAGAAGGACAAGCGGAAGGCCAAGAAGAAUGCCGGGAUUGCUGAAGAAGUCUCGACUCAACAACAAGAGGAGCCCCAAGCUGAUGUGGCUGAGUUGCCCACAAAAUCUGAGAUCCAACCAACAGAGCCCGCUAUGGAGCAAGAGAUCCCCACGGAACCUGAACAUGCUGCAGAACCCGAACCUACAUCGGAGCGAGAGUUACCAACCGAGAACCCCCUUCCGAUUAGUGAUCAGCCUAUACCAGAGCCACUUCGGGUUGCGCCUACGCAACCCGACACCGAAGCUGUGGUCGGCGAGGAUCUUCCUCUUGCACGCAAGGCCUCGAAGAGGAAAGGCAAAAAGGCCCAAAAGGCUAACAAAUCCUUGAAUACCGAGUCUCCUGCUGAAAACGAGAUUGACAUGGAUCAGCAUGCUACCAUUGUGCCGUUCGAAGACGACCACUUCAAGGUACAAGUCACAGAAAUUCCCGACGAGGAGUCGGCCCAUGACGAAGAAGACUGGCCGGCGAUUGACUGGCAGGCCAAGUUCGAAGAGUCCCAGCGAUUAAGAGAAGCAGAUCCUGAGCCUGAGCCAGAUAUUCCACCUCCUGAGCCGGAAAUUAUUGGAGAAUUCGUUGAAUCUGCAUCCCCCGAGGUCUUGGAAGAGCAAAACGAAGUUGCAGAGGGAGAUUCUUGGCCUUUGUCGAGCAUAAGAGACAAGAAGCAGCCACAACAAGCUAACCCGGAACCCGCGGAGCGCUCACUAGAACCCGUGAAUCACCAAGAGAUCGAACCUCCUGCUCGAACAACUACUCCGGGUGGAUCUAAGAUUGCCAGCUUAUUCCCCGGCCUCGAACGUGCGGGAUUUCGGCGAUCAGCUUUGGACCAGCCAAAACCGUCGCUAAAAGAUAGUGCUGAGGAUGAGACAUCAACAGAGUUGGAAGCGAAUCGCGAUAUCGCGGUCUCUGUCUCGGAAGCACCCCUAGCGACCACUGAAACCAAAGAAAUUCCUCAAGAUUUCGCCUCUGGGCUGCCUAGCAGCCUCGAAAGACAAAUCGAGGCUACAAUCUCGGAACUGAGCGCUCACUCCGAACCUUCUACCACAAAGAAUGAAUCAAUCAGGAACCCAGGCCUUCCGAUGCAAGGCGAAAAAUCCUUGGAUGCGUCAUUAUCGUUGACAAUGCAGCCUUCCAAUGAGCAUACUCGUACCGAAGGACCUCCUUCUCCUACUCGUCUCCCACCCCCGAUGAAAAUUGGAGAGGAAGUGUGUGAACUACGCCGAUCACCAUCAAUCCAUGGACGGCACCAGCAUCCACCCCGAACAUGGAGCUUGGAUGAACCUUCUCUACCAGCUCUUGCCCCAUCGCCCCCUCGAUCGCUCUUCGGACCGAUUGACGAUGUGCGACCUCGGACUCCGCUUGAUACAAUUGCGGAACAAGAGCCACGGGAUGAUCAGGGAGGGAGCAUGGCUCGUCGGACUCGUCUAGAAAUGAAGCCGGAACAUGUCUUACCUCGACCUCAGACACCAGUCCGGAAAUUUACAGACAAUGCCUUUGAUCGAGAAGCUUGGCCUACCGACAAGGAUAUCAAAGAAAUUCCCAAGACACCUGAAUCAAUUCUAAAGCCAAGCACCAGCAGUGGAAAAUUACGUCGUACAAAUCGCAGUAUUAGCGGCGAUCUGCGGGCGGCUAGUCGAGCACUAGAUCCCCAGCCUUCGCUCGAUCUCGAUCAGCUCCCGUCUUCCUCCUCUUAUGACCCCGUCACCGACAAGGGCAAACGUCCGCUGCGAAAUAUGUCGGAUGUCUAUGAGGGAUGGGGUGAGACGCCCAAUUCCCCACGGUCGCCCAGCCGACCGCCUAGUGUCCGCCGCCGUCGCAGUAUGCAACACUUACAAGACAUCGAAACACGACUCGACCAGCUCAUCUCCGAAAACCGUCUACUGAUUGCCGCCCGCGAUGAAGCUGAACAUAAGCUUAAGAAUUCCAGCGUCGCUCGUCGGAAGAGCGACCGUGCCCUUAACACCCGCGACGGCGAUCUGCGCGAUAGGGAAUCAGAGGUGGAACAAUUGAAGAACUCGGUGGAAUGGUUGCAGAAGGAGAUGGCUCGCCUGACUCAAGAGAACGAGGGGCUGACUGCAUCCAACUCUGCUCUCGCUGUCGCUCACGCCGCCGAAAUCAAUACCGUGCGCGAGUCGUCCACACGCGAACUGGGCGAGUUGGAGUCGCAAUACACCCAACUCUCCUCUCAGAUGGAGGAUCGGGUUCGACAAGAGAUCGAGUCGGCUCUUGCGCAAAAAGACAUUGAAUUGCGCCGUCUACGCACCGAACUUGAGGAGGCUCGUGAUAAGGUGAAAGAGCUUCAACAACAAAUUGCAGCCUCGGUACAUGACAAUGCCCUUGUCUUCCGUGAUGAAGAGUACUUCGAUGCUGCCUGCCAGAAACUGUGUGGUCAUGUCCAAUCUUGGGUCGUACGCUUCUCCAAGCACAAUGACAAGCGUCGCUGCCGCCCACUCAGCGAGUUGCAGGACGAAAAGAUCGCAGACCGUUUCGACAAUGCCCUUCUCGAUGGCUCCGAUCCCGAUGCCUACCUAUCCGAUCGUGUCCGCCGCCGCGAUGUCUUUAUGUCGGUGGUCAUGACAAUGGUCUGGGAAUACAUCUUUACUCGUUAUCUCUUUGGCAUGGACCGGGAGCAGCGUCAAAAACUCAAGUCUCUUGAGAAACAAUUGAGCGAGCCUUUUGCUGCGCAACGUGAGAGCGACACGGAGGCUGUUACUCUGGAAAUCUUCCAAACCCUAUCACGGGUCCUCCCUCCUCCGUCUCAUGUUGAAUCCCAGCUCCUGGAUAACCUCCGCAAGAUCAUGCGGGUAGCAGUCAGCCUGUCCUUGGAGAUGCGCACCCAGCUGGCUGAAUUCAUCAUGCUGCCGCCUUUGCAGCCUGAAUAUGAUACAAAUGGCGACCUUGCACGCCAAGUGUACUUCAACGCAGCCCUCAUGAAUGAGCGCAGUGGCCUGACAAAUGACAACGGCGAGCUCGAAGCCCAGCAGUCCAUUGUGCGGAUUGUGCUCUUCCCUCUCGUCGUUAAAAAGGGCAAUGAUGUGGGCGAGGGUGAUGAUGAGGUCGUCGUCUGCCCCGCGCAAGUCCUCAUUGCGCGCCCCAGCAAAGACAAAAAGCUAUCAAAGAUGAUGAGCGGCGAUCGCAUGUCCAUUGAUGCUUCCAAGUCAGUCCACAGUGUUGCUCAUAGUGCGGCACCGUCAUCUAUGAUGGACAUGAGCAAUGUGAUCUGA